UUGUUUGGGAUGAAGCCGCCGGAGGAGCCGUUCGGAGCCGCGCGGACGGGCCCGGAGGACUCCAAGGCCCUGGGCAGCCCCUGCGCCGUGGAGCCCGGGCGGGUGAGCAAGGUGGAGCCCGAGGAGAAGCCCGGGAUCGGCGCCGGCUCCCUGGAGCUGUUCCCGGCCGCCGGCAGCAGCUCCGGCCGCUGGUUCCCCGGCGGGCAGCGCGGCCCCGAGCCCCCCCGGGACCCCCCGGCCCCCCGCGCCGGCUGCUGGGGGGCCCAGGGGGGCGUCCCCGGCCCCUUCCGCUGCGGCCAGUGCGGGAAGGGCUUCCGGCAGAAGCAGAGCCUGGUGACGCACGAGCGGAUCCACACCGGGGAGAAGCCGUUCCGCUGCGGGGACUGCGGGAAGAGCUUCAGCCAGCGGCCCAACCUGCUCACGCACCGGCGGGUGCACACGGGCGAGCGGCCCUUCCCCUGCGCCCAGUGCGGCAAGAGCUUCUCGCAGAAGGCCAACCUGCUGGCCCACCAGCGCAUCCACGGCGCCCACCCCGAGGAGGGCAAGGCGCGGGCGCGGCCGGCGCGGGGCUGCGCCGAGGACACGCCCUUCGUGUGCCCCGAGUGCGGGAAGAGCUUCCGGCAGAAGCCCAACCUGAUCACGCACCGGCGCAUCCACACGGGCGAGCGGCCCUUCUCCUGCUUCCUGUGCGGCCGCAGCUUCAACCAGAAAACCAACCUGGUGACGCACUACCGGGUGCACACAGGUGAGCGGCCCUUCGCCUGCGCCCAGUGCGGGAAGCGCUUCACCCAGAAAACCAACCUGGUCACGCACCAGAGCACCCACACCGACCUGCGCCCCUUCCCCUGCGCCCAGUGCCACAAGUGCUUCAAGGACAAGGUGUCCCUCAAGGCCCACCAGAAGACGCACGUCCCCCGCCAGCGCCGCUGCCUGGCGCGCGGCCCGGCCCCCGCCGCGCCCUUCGGGGCCGCGCCCGCCCUGCUGCCCCCCGCGCCCGCCCCGCAGGACCCCCCCUUCGCCCCGCUCCCGCCCGCCCCGAAGCCCCCCGAGGGCGCCGAGCUGUUCCCCUGCGAGGAGAAGGGCUUCCCCCCCCAGCCCCCGGGCGAGCCCCCCUUCCCCUGCGCCCACUGCGGCGACGGCUUCUGCCCCAAGGUGCCCCUGCUGCGGCCCCCCGAGGCGCCCCCAAACUUCUCCCCCGGCCCCCCCCUCCUGGGGCCCCCGGGGGCGCAGCCGGGGCUGGGGGAUGCCGCGGCCCCCCCCGAGAAGCCCUUCAUCUGCAACCAGUGCGGGAACAGCUUCGGGCUCUGGCUCGCCCUCGUCGCCCACCAGAAGAGCCACGCGGGGCACAAGCCGUGCCCCGGGGCCCCCCCCGAGCCCGCUCCCGGCGCGGAGCUGCCCCCCGGGUCCCCCCCGGCGCGGGCGGGCGAGGCCCGGCCCUGGCCGUGCCCCGAGUGCGGGCGCAGCCUGGCGCAGUGCGAGCGGCUGCUGCGGCACGGGCACGGCGCCGGCGGGCGCGGCCCCUUCCGCUGCGACACCUGCGGGAAGCGCUUCAGCCUCAAAACCAACCUGGCCACACACCAGCGCAUCCACACAGGUGAGCGGCCCUUCACCUGCGGCGUCUGCGGCCGCCGCUUCAACCAGAAGGGCAACCUGGUGACGCACUACCGGGUGCACACGGGCGAGCGGCCCUUCGCCUGCGCCCAGUGCGGGAAGCGCUUCGCGCAGAAGCCCAACCUGCUGGCCCACCAGAAGACCCACCUGGGCCGCCAGCCCUUCACCUGCCUCGAGUGCCCCAAGCGCUUCAAGAGCAAACUGUCCCUGCGGGUGCACCAGCGGGUGCACGCGGGGCCCCCCGGCACGGCCCCCGGCGCCGCGGACCCCGCCGGGGCCCCCUUCCCCUGCGGGCCCUGCGGGGAGGCCUGCGGCGAGCACGGGGGGCCGCCCGUGAACCCGCGCGGGCGGCCCCACUCCUGCCCCGAGCAGCGCCGCCCCUGCGCCGAGCACCACCACCACCCCUGCACGGAGCAGCACCGCGCCUGUGCCGAGCAGCUGCACGCCUGCGCCAAGUGCCCCUGCGCCAAGCGGCUGCACCCCUGCCUCGAGCAGCCCCGGCCCUGCGGCGAGCAGCCCCACGCCUGCGAGCGGCCCCACGCCUGCGAGCGGCCCCACGUCUGCGCCGAGCAGCCCCACGCCUGCGAGCGGCCCCACAGCUGCGCCGAGCAGCUGCACCCCUGCGCCGGGUGUCCCCGCGCCUGUGCCGAGCGGCCCCACGCCUGCACCAAGCAGCCCCACGGCUGCGCCGAGCACCCCCACGCCUGUGCCGAGCAGCCCCACCCCUGCGAGCAGCCGCUGCCCUGCGCCGAGCAGCCCCAGCCGUGCCCCGAGUGCCCCCACGGCUGCGCCGAGCGGCCGCACACGUGCGCCGAGUGCGGGAAGCGGUUCCGGCAGAAGGUGAACCUGGCCGUGCACCUGCGCACGCACACGGGGGAGCGCCCGUUCCGCUGCGCCGACUGCGGCAAGGGCUUCAGCCAGAAGGCCCAUCUGCUGCGGCACCGCCGCACCCACGGCGCCGGCCUCGCGCCCGCCUGCUCCGCCGGGGACCCCCUGGGCAAGGGCCCGGAGCCCCCGGCCCUGCUGCUGCCCCCCUGCUCCCGCGGGGCCCCCCCGGCCCGGCCCGACAGCCCCUCGGGCGCCGCCGACAUCCUCCUGCAGCUCAUGCAGGACGAGCACCCCCCGGGCCCCGGAGCCCCCCCGGUGCCCCCGUGCAAGUGCCCGGGGGAGGGUCCGGGCCCCAGGGCGCCGGGGCUGCCCCCCCCGUGCUGCUGUGCCGCCUGCCUGGCCCCCCGCCCCCCCGAGCCCCCCCGGGGGCAGCUCUGGGCCAAGGCCGGGGGCUGCGCGCGGGCCUUCGAGGAGAAGCGCGUGCCGGGAAUGCCGGGAACGCCGGGAGCGCCGGAGCAGGAGCACAUCGAGGAAAAACCGGCCCCGUGUCCCGGCUGUCUCCCCAGGGAGCCCCAGAGCCCCGGGGGUCCCCACUCCUCCCGGGGCUCCCCACAGCCCUGGCAGUCCCCCCAGGCCCCCUGUGCUGACUGCGGGGGCCGGAGCAGCCCCGGGACAGGACCCUUUGGGGCCCGGGAGGGGGUGCCCCCCGACGUGUCGUUCGAAGAGGUGGCCAUUUACUUCUCCCCCGAGGAGUGGGCAGAGCUCCUGCCCUGGCAGCGGGCGCUGUACCGAGAGGUCAUGGCUGACAACUACGACCUGGUGGCCAGUCUGGGCUCCACGUCCAAGUUCAGCGACAUGAAGGAGGAGUCGCCCUGUGCUGGGGGGGACAGCAGAGCUUCUGACGUCUCCAGCACCGGUGCCCAGGACGGCUCUGCCAGCGAGGAUGAUGGCGGGGGACUCUGGGACUUGGGGUUCAGUGCCCCCCGCUCCGGCUGGAGCGACACCACCUUGGGGGGCUGUGCCGGGGACCCCCCUCGGGGGGAGCCGGGGCCGCCCCCGUGUGAGGGGCUGGGGCUGAGCUGCGGGGCCGAGCCGGGGGCUCCCCGGGCCGAGCACCCCCCCGCCCCGGGCCCGCCGUUCGUGUGCGGGACCUGCGGCAAAGCCUUCCGGCACCGCCGCAACCUCCUCACGCACAAGCGGCUGCGCGGGGGGAACCGCGCCCGGCACGGCUGCCCCGACUGCGGCCGCGCCUUCUGCCUGCGCGGGGACCUGCUGCGGCACCGCGGCUCGGACCGGGGGCGGCCCCGCUGCCCCCAGUGCCCCCAGUGCCCCCAGUGCCAGCAGCGCCCCGCGGGCGCGGCGGGGCCGUGCGGGCACCGCGCGGGGCCGGGCGAGGAGCGGCCCUUCGUGUGCGGGCGCUGCGGGCGCGGCUUCGCCUGGAGGGAGAGCCUGGAGCUGCACGUGCGGGCCCACCCGCCCCCCGAGCGCGCCCACCCCUGCCCCGAGUGCGGCCGCGCCUUCCGCAGCCGCGGGCACCUGCGGCUGCACCGCCGGGCACACUCCGGGCACCGGCCCUUCGCCUGCGCCCGCUGCGGCCGCGCCUUCGCCUCGCAGGCCAACCUGAGCACCCACCGACGGCUGCGCCGCCGCUGCAGGGCACCCGCCCGCAGGGAACCCCGGGGGGAGGAGAACAGGGACCCCCAGGGGGAGAGGGACCCUCGUGGGGAUGGGAACAGGGACCCCCACGGGGAGAGGGACCCUCAGAGGGAGAGGGACCCUCGUGGGGAUGGGAACGGGGACCCCCACGGGGAGAGGGACCCUCAGGGGGAGAGGGACCCCCGCGGGGAUGGGAAAAGGGACCACCCCGGGGAGGAGAACAGGGAUCCCCAGGGGGAGAGGGACCCCCACAGGGAUGGGAACAGGGACCCCUCUGGGGAGAAGGACCAACACGGGGAUGGGAACGGAGACCCUCGUGGGGAUGGGAACAUGGACCCCUCCAGGGAGGAGAACAGGGACUCCCAGGGGGAGAGGGACCCCCACAGGGAUGAGAAAAGGGACCCCCACGGGGAUGGGAACAAGGACCUCCCCAGGGAUGGAACAGGGGAGAGGGACCCCCACAAGGAGAGGGAGCCCCAUGGGGAUGGGAACAGGGACCCCCAUGGGGAUGGGGACACCCGCAGGGACAGGGACCCCCUUGGGGACCAGGUCACCCGUGGGGACAGGGAUCACCAUGGGGACAAGGACCCCCUUGGGGAUGGUGAUGCCUGUGGGGACAGGGACCCCCUUGGGAACGGGCAUCUCCUCAGAGACAAGGAUACCCUCGGGGAUCGGGACCCCCUUGGGGACAGGGACCCCCUCGGGGAUGGGAACCCCCUCAGGGGUGGGACCCCCCUCAGGGCCGGGAGUGACCCGGGGGGUGACCAGCAGUAGCCCCAGGAUGGGAUUGUCCCAGUGCUCCCAUGAAUGUGAUGCCAGUGCCGCGGCCCAUCCCGGACACCCCGGAACUGUGAGCACCUGGGGACCCCUGGAACCGCCUGAGGGGCUUCUCCGUGUCCCUU